AUGACGACGCCGCCGCCGACGGCCGCGUCGCCCUCGGCGACGACGCCGCGCGCGAUCGCGCCGCGAUGCUGCGCCUCGACGCGCGCGUCGUCGUCGCGCCUCGCGCGCUUCGGCGUCGUCGCCGCGCGCCUCCGCGUCGUGAUCUCCCCGGCGCUCUCGUCGCGUCUUCGUCGACGCCAUCGUCGCGACGACGAAUCGUCCGGCGCGCAUCGCGUCGCGCGUUGGGCCGUGGCCGUCCGCGCCGCCGCCGCCGCCGCCGCGCCCGACGAUAACGCCGCGGGAGGAGGAGGAGAAGACGCCGCCGGCGGCUACGGCGCGCGACGGAAGGCGGAGAAGACCGAGGACGCGGAGAGGUGGAUCAAGCUCGUGGACGGACGAAAGCUGCAGAGGAAGAACUGCACGGCGGAGGAGAUCAGGGAGUACGAGCAGGAGCGGUACUUCAAGCGCAAGAGGGAGCGGCGGCAGCAGCGCGGCGGCGGCGGCGGGGGGGGGGGGAGAGUUCGCGGCGGCGCGGACCGCGACGGCGGGCAGGGGGAUUACUGGCGCGGCGGGAGACAGCUCGACCGCGGCCGCGGCGGCGGCGGCGGCCGCGGCGGAGCCGGCUCCAGAGCCGGAGCCGGCGGCGGCGCCGGGGCGGGCGCGGGGUCCGGCGGACGGAGAGAUCAAAACCCUAAACUCCCGCCGCCGAGCGCGGCGGGUCGGAAGCGCAUCGAGACGAGCAAAGUCGCCAACGUCAAGAUACUCGCCGCGGAGACGAUCGACGACGUCCUCAAUCUGAUCGACGAGAACGUCGGGGACCUUCGCGCGCCGGCGUUCACCCCGAUCAACUACAGCACGGUGUUUCACCGGCUCGGACGCCUGAACAAGGCGAACCGGCCUAACGCGAAGCAGCGACGAUACCUAGAGAAGAGGGGCGCGGCGACGACCGGGCCGGGGGCGACCGCGUACGUCCCGCUCGCGCGAGACGCGCGGUUCGUGAAGCUUCAGAUCGCGCUCGCGUCGGAGUUGAGGCUGCAUCGCGAGAACCCGCCGCCGCUCGAGAGCGGGCACGGGAUCUUCGGCGUCAGAGAGUGCUCGAGCAUCCUGUGGGGGCUCGCGAACUGCGGAUGCACGCUGCAGAGCCUCACGGAGUCGCCGCACGCGCCGGAGAUGUUGCCGACGUUGCUGCAGAUCAUGCAAGACUUCGAGUCGAGCGCGUGGCAGUGUCAGGCGCGUUCUAUCUCACACUGGUUCCCAUACGACCCCGUCCGCGUGGUGAACGUCGUUUCUUAA